UUUAUCAAACCCACGUUAAUGGGCAAAAACACCAAAAGGUGAUAAAAGGAUUAAUUAGAGAGAAUAAACCAAUUCCCGUUGUUGAGGGUAUUCAGUCUGUUCCUCCGAAAAAUGUUGGUCCAAAGAAAAGGAAAGAUAUCAGUGAAGUUUUUGUGGAUACUGUUAAUCCUUUUGGAAGUGAAAAUGAUGAACAUAUGGUUGAGAAAUUGGAUCAAAUAAGCCUCAACAAAGUACAAAAGAAUUCAAUUGAACAAUUAGUUUUACUGAUAGAAGAUACUUUAUUUAAUGUUUCUCGAAUUAUUGAAGAACAACACGUUGCUAAUUCUGUUUCUGGAACUAACAUAAAUUCUUCAAAUCGUUUGUUACGUGGUAUAAUGAGAACUGGACUUUUGGCAAAUGAUUUAUUGUUGAAAAAUGAUAGAAGGGCCCAUCUAAUUGUUCUCUGUUCUUCAAUUCCAACAACUGAUAUGCUUAGUCAAGUAACUGAACUGUUUACUCAUUAUGUUAAGAAAGGCGAACAAACUCUAACCCAUAAAGGAAAAAUAUCUGUUGAAGAAAACGUUAGAGAAGCUGGUUUUUCGGUAUCUCAGGCAGGAAUUCCUAUGUAUAUUUGUGUUUCUUUUACUUGUUCAACUAUUCGUCAAUGGUCUCCUGGAGAUUUAAAUUAUUAUUCUUAUAAUAUUCCACAAAAUGCAUUGCCACAGGAUGCUUGUCUUCAAGCUUUGGCAGAAAUGAGACGAACUAAAUUUUAUCAGGUUAAAUGUGCUCAAUAUGAAUGGAUGACUGGAGUUGUAAAAAUCGUUAGAGAAUUUUCUAAUAGAAUUCCAGCUUGGAGUCCUUUAAGUGAUUGGGUAAUUAUUUUAAUUGUUGAAAAAGUUUUCUCUUCAAAUACAUCAGAACAACAGCCUGGACCGAGUGGAGCAUUAAAAGCUUUGUUUAGUGCAAUUUCUGAAGAAAUUAUUUUGUCACGUAAGAAAUUUUGA